AUGUCGAUUUCGCCCAUAAUAACCUUCAAGGCCGGACGUUGUGAGCUCGACACGAGUUCCUCCCCGCCAAAGGUCAAGUCGCUCCCAACUCCUGGGUACAUCUACCUGUAUGCCGAAGAUGAGAUCCUUCACUUUUGUUGGCGAGCGAGGACGGCGUCAUUAGAGGAUCCGGAAAUCGAUCUGUACAUGUUUCCCACUGACGGCUCAUUUGUCCCUUACCAACCUACGAGUGCCGAGAAUCCGUCCAAUCCGAAAAAGCCAACAAAUGGCAGAAUAUACGUUUUGAAAUUCUCCUCGAGCUCACAGCGACACGUCUUCUGGCUACAAUCCCGCAGUCAACACCCCCAAGGCGAUCCAUCAUGGUUCAGCGCCCGAGAUCUGAAAUUGGGCCAGAUUGUGAACAAUCUCCUUCAAGGCGAAGAGGUGGACGUCCAACAGCAAAUGGCCAAUCUACCGAGCGAUCAGAAUGGCCCAGAUGACGACGACGAGAUGAUGGAAGAUGUCGAGGGUACAGACCAUGAUGUAAAUCGUCGUCCUUCUGGAAGCGGCGGUGCAGGGCCAGAUGCCACAGGUGGUGACAUUCGCGAAGAAGGAGAACAGUCGAGAGAGGGUGGAGCAGACGGUGGAAGAGCGGCUGCUAGAAUGAAUGUCAACACCAUAAUUCAAAACUUCAUUCAAUCCAUGGGAGACAACCAAAGAAGUCAAUCCGCUCCACAAGAAAAAUUAUUCACCACUCUGGCAGACUUACUGGCCCCUGCAUCAACAAUACCUUGGAUUGAUUUAGCGGAUGACGAACUUGUUGACCAAUUGCUUCAGUACCUUCCACCAACUUUGGUGACCAUAGCACAACAGGCAGACCACGCGUCGGCUUUGAACACGGACGGUGGAUCUGUCGAGGCGGCUGGGCAAGCACCGAGUUUGGAUCAGAAAAAGGAUAUUUUGCGGAGAGUUUUACGAUCACCACAAUUCUCGCAGAGUCUAUCGAGUCUCACGAUUGCAUUGCGCGAUGGCGGUCUACCUAGUAUCAGUGAAGCUCUCAAUAUUCCCGUUCGAAAUGGAGGAUUCAUGAGGCGAGGCGGUGUACCUUUGGGAGGUGGUGAAGCUGUUGAAGUAUUUCUGGAAGGAGUCAAAGACACUGUGACUCAGGAAAGGAGAGACGACGGUAGAGGAGAUCAAAUGGACACAAACUAA